AUGACAAUAAAGGUUGCUGGAAGCGGUUUUGGCAUCAGCAAACAGGCUGUCACUUCAAACCAGGACUAUGUGGUAGGUGAAUAUGAGACAUCCAUCAAACAAGAAAAAAAGGAUGAUCUGGAAAUCUGCUGUAACCUUGAUGGUGAUGAGACCACCAAGCCGCAAAAAGUGAACUGCCUCAGCCAUGACCUUCAAAAGAUUCUUGAACUCAGGCAGAAGAGAAGAGCGAGAAAAUCCUCUGAGCGUAAAGUACAACCAGAACCUGAGACAGCUUCUGGUUUGGUUGAUGAAGAUGCCUUUCUGAAGGCAGCACUGGAAAACAAGUUACCAAUAGUGGAGAGUUAUCUUGCCAGAGGAGCAGAUCCAAAUGCAUGUGAUAAUUUCAACCGUACAGCUCUGCACAAAGCUUGCUCUCAAGGAAACCUGGAGAUUGUGAAGAGACUGCUAGAAGCUGGGGCUUUGGUUGAAAACACGGAUAAGCUUGAUGCCACUGCUGUUCACUGGGCUUGUCGUGGUGGGAGUCUUCCAGUACUGGAGCUUCUCUUGAACCACAAAGUCAACCUCCAUGCCAGAGACAAGCUCCAGAGUACCCCUCUACACGUGGCAGUAAGGACGGGUCAUUAUGAAUGUGCCGAAUACCUCAUUCACUGUGGGGCAAACGUCAAUGCAAAAGACAGAGAGGGAGACACACCAAUGCACGAUGCUGUACGACUGAACAGAUUCAAAGUCAUCCAGCUGCUCUUGCUGCACGGAGCUGAUCUGAAAGUGAAGAACUGUGUAAGCUUUAGAAUGAACACAGUGCCAUCUACAGACCUUGGUGAGGGCAAAUCACCCAUGGACAGCGUGUUGGAGUGGCAGAAUGGAGCUAAAACCAUACUGGACAAGCACAAGCAGAACAAUACAUUACAGGACAAAUAAUUGGAACAAGAAGCAGGAAGUUAUGUGUAAUAUACAUGUUGAGAAAUGCUUAAAUGCUUAAAUAAAAAUGUGAUAGAGAACAUUUUUACAUUGGCUGGUGGCAGAUUGAAAAUGGUAAGGACACUAAAGAA